AUGCUUAAAAUUGAGAAUUUCAUUCGCAUCCUCUCUGCGAUGUACAUGACCCAAGAUAACGAGACGCGUCGUGUUGCCACCAUGGAAGUUCUGAAAGCGGAAGACCAAAUGAAUUCUGAUGAAAUGCUUCAAAUUGGUAUGGGCUUGCUUCGUGUUUCCGACCAUGGCGCCGCUGUGCAAGCCUACGGGGCAGUACUCCUGAGGCAUGCCGUGGCCUCGGGUUGUCUUGCCGCCGAAAAAGUUCCCUGUGGUGAUAUAAUGAUGUGGUACCUCAAUGAACCAAGCUUGGGUCGGCUUCUGUGCGGUGACCUUGUCGAUCUCAUUACAGAGUGCAUGAUUUACGAGUGGCCAGAAAGAUAUACACAUCUCAUGGAAGAGCUCUGCCCAACGCAAGCUCAACUAUCCAAACAGCCGCGUAAGUUGCGUCUUCUUCGCGCCCUCGUUGUGAGGUUUAUGGACCCACACUUCGGCAAUGUACCUGUUUCUCGAAUGAAAAAACUGAAAAGUACCCUGUCGUCUUGCUCCCGGGUGAUUCUGGCGGAGGUCAUUCAGGCGCUCUUUGACCUCUAUACAGCGGCUGGCGGUGAGGGGAGCCAUCAGCUUGCUGAAAGUGCUCUUGAGCUCAUUGUAGACUGUUUGACAAUUACUGUGCAUGUUGCCUCAUCUCUCGCCAUUUCCCAGUGGUGGGAAUUGGGGUUGGGCAAUGCACUGUCGGUGUUGGUGCGCUGGCUACCCGUUGCACCGGAAGCGCUUGCCGCAACUGCCGCUCUUUUAAGAUGCGACGGGGUUUCAACAGCAACGGCGACAACAAUGAACCAACAGCUUUUGGCGCUUGUUACUGCCGUGCUUGACUGCGUAGAGGCGUAUGUGAUGGAGGUGAAUUACGGCAUUCUAGAAGAAAUCAUGGAACUUCUACUUGAUUUGCCUGACUCAAUCGUUCAGGCUGUAGUCGCUCCUGUCAGUCAAUCGUGUCUAGUGGUGUUGCGAGUCCCAAGUAUUUACCUGGCUACGUCUGCGUGUCAUCUUUUGAAGCGACUGGGUGAUGCCGCAUUUGCUCACGUAAGCCCCUUGGAAUUAAUGAUGCGUUUUGCCUCGCUGAUACCAAAGAAUAAGUUUCACCCAGAAUUUGGCACCGAUGACGAGGGAAAGCGGCUGUCCGAGCAGCAAUACGGCUCUAUCGAGCCGUUUGAGCGUGGCUUUGCGGAGUUCCGCAGUCUUGCAGGCCAUCUGCUUACAUCUCUGGCUCGCAUUUACCCCGUCGUUAGCAAUCAGUUUAUUUUACAGAUUCUCACAACUCUUUGCGAUGGCCGUGGAACUUUGGCGGAUCCCCGAACGCAAUCCGGCUUUGUGACGCAGCAGAGUCUCACGUUUCGUGAAUGGGAGGCAACGCAAUUUCUACUUACUCAUCUUUCAGAAUCGUUUAAGUACUCCUCGGACUACGUCUCGCAGACGAUUGCGGCGUUGAUAGCGAAACAAACAGAGGACAUGGUUCUCUAUCCCGUCUAUCUCAACAUGCUCUCAUCCUUCUGGAGCUGUAAAGAUGACGCAGCACUGGGUGUGUGGGAUGGAACACUCAAUAUUAUUUUUUCUUGCCUAUGCAAAAGGCAGAAAGAUCAGUACGACGUUGACGAGCUGUCGGCUCGCAAGCGUGCCGUCACGCUUCUGGUUACCGCAAGUAGUCAGCAUGCCGCACGAUUUGUGGACCUUUGCGAACCCUUUAUAAAACGAAUAGAGCAACUUCUGAUGAUGCCUUCCACAACGCCUCACGAGAGGAAUUUCCUCUAUGAAGCCAUGGCGGCGCUCACCAGUGUCCUUCCCGCAGAUGAAGGGCUACACCGACUCCAAUCUUUCUUCACCCCUAUUGUGAAGAUGUUGAUACAGCGUGUCCAGUCCCUGGAUCAGAUGAAGUUUAACAGCAUUAUCGUGGCGCAAGGCAGUGACCUUCAAAAUGAACGGAAUAUGCUUCGUGACAGCGUGGCCAUUGUUGCAGGGGUCAUGCGUCGUUGUAAGACGUCUCCCUACUUAGUUGAAUCUUUCACAGAGUGGACACCAUAUAUUGUACGGCUUAUGGAAUUUGUUCAUGGCCUUCGUGCAGAUCAGCUACCGCCAGAGUAUGCUUGCAUACUUGACAUGGAUGGUGGUGUCCGUGAGCAGUACUUGCCUGGCCGGUCACGGAAAAGUGUGCCGCGCCAAAGCAACAAAGAAAAGGCUCGAACGGCUCUUAUGGAUCUUCGCAUGUCAUUAUAUCAAGUUGUUGGAGCCCUGAGCACAUUUUUGCCAUCAGAGGCUCUCCGAGGGAUGUUACAGAUGCUGACAUCCUCAGCAGAGCUGUUGCCGACGCACACCAUGCGAUCAUUGAUAGUGCAUUGCGUGUUUCCCAUUGGCACUUCCCAUACCGAUCUUAUUGCGAGCAUCCUUCCAAUCUGCGGUGUCUUCUUUGCCCGCGUUGCACGACGCAUCUCAGCACGCCCGGAAGAUGAAAUCAUUGAUACGAAGCAGCUGUUUUACUUUUCAAAGGACAUUUUCACAUUUAUGCGGCAAAAUAUUCUUGAGAAAAAUUUGUUAUCGGGAAACGUGCCGCUCACAAAUCUCGUUAUUGAGGUGGCGCUGACCAUUCUGGAAAGCGGGUCUAAUGUUUAUGACGUCCCCCGUUUUAUCAACGCAACCAUUGAUGCCAGCAGGAGCGGCUGCAGCGGGAACAGCGCCAUGGAGGCGCAGGUGGAAGAGUUUGCGGUGCUGGCCUUUGGACGCAUGCUUGAAUUUUCUGUGCGAGCCGAUGAUGCCGUGUUGUCUUUUAAUGAUCGGGAGCGGCUGGUGUUUUUUCUCUCGGACACGUACGUGGAUCGAUAUCCAACGUACACCGCGGCCCUCUAUUCACGUUUUUCACGGGACCAGAUCGAUGCACUCCAUACAGAAUUGGUCAUGACAAACCGGUUUGAUACAAAACGUCGACGAUUCAAGGAAUUUGUUUUGCAAGAGGCAGCAAAGAACACGCGCAUUUCAUAA